AAAGGCUCGAGCAUGAUCUGCGCUGAGGAUGAAACAGAAGAAAAUCGAUAACAUUUCCUGUCAAUAUUUGACAUAAACGGGACCCGUUUAAAGUCGGUUUCAUGCCCUUUUUGGAUUAUGGCUUCAAUUAACAAAAGUCCUGCGGUGAUAUACUUGUUUUUUGUCCUGCUGGAUUUUUAUUCGGAAACGGUGUCCGGGCAGCUCUCGUACUCGAUAUCAGAAGAGGUGAAUCGAGGGACUUCUGUAGGAAACAUAGCCAAGGAUCUAAACCUAGAUGUCCAUGAGCUGGAGCCUCGCAUGUUUCAGAUCGUUAGCGGAUCAAAGAGAAAAUAUUUCGAGGUAAAUCUAAAGACGGGCGUUCUCUUUGUCAGUGAUAGGAUAGACAGAGAGGAGCUCUGUGGAAAGGCCACGAAAUGCACACAGAGCGUGGAGGCUGUGAUAAAUGCCCCACUCAAGCUAUAUCGCUUAGAAAUAAAUAUUCUAGAUGUUAAUGAUAAUUAUCCAGCUUUCAGUACUGACUCGCAAAGUAUUGAAAUAGCAGAAAUCACAUUACCCGGGACUAAAUUUCUUGUAUUGUCAGCCUUUGAUGCCGAUGUGGGGAAAAAUGGCAUCAGUAUGUACAAGUUAAGUGCAAAUGAACACUUUUCAUUAGCAGUGAAUAAAGGAGAGAGCGUAUCUGCUGAACUAGUCCUCCAGAAACCUUUAGACCGAGAAAAACAACCAGUAAUAAGACUCACGCUGACUGCUGUAGACGGCGGAACACCACCGAAAUCCGGAACCUCACAGUUAAUAAUCAAUAUCUUAGACAAUAAUGAUAACGUCCCAAUAUUUACCAAACCACUGUAUAAAACAAGUGUCACUGAAAACACGCCGCCAGGCACAUCAGUGAUAACUGUGACGGCGACGGACAGUGAUGAAGGGCCAAACGGGGAAAUUUCAUAUUCACUAAGCAGCAAGGACCAAGACCAUGUUCUCAAUAUAUUUCAAAUUGAUGAGUACACGGGAUUAUUGACAGUCAAGGGGAAGAUUGACUUUGAAGAGCACCCGGCUUUUGAAAUCCGCGUGCAAGCUUCUGAUAAAGGCUCUCCUCAAAUGACAGCACAGUGCAAAGUAUUAAUAGAAGUAGUGGAUUUAAAUGACAAUAGCCCUGAAAUAUCUGUAACCACCCUCAGUAACACUGUAAAAGAGGAUGCAAAAAUAGGUACUGCUAUUGCACUUGUGUCAGUUGUGGACAGAGAUGGGGGUAAAAACGGAAUAGUCCACUGUGAUAUUAAAAGUGAAAGCCCCUUUAAGUUACAAACGAAUUAUAAAAAUUACUACUCCUUGGUAGUAGAUGGUCAGCUAGACAGAGAGAGUCAUUCUCAAUAUAAUAUCACUAUCACAGCUAAAGACGAUGGAAUCCCAGCUCUCACAAGUACGAAGGAUUUUAAUGUUUAUGUUUCAGAUGUCAAUGACAACCCCCCUAAGUUUUCAGACACUGUGUUCAAUGUAUAUUUAAAAGAAAACAGUCCACUGGGAGCUACUCUGCAACGAGUAUCUGCACUGGAUGUAGAUAUUGAUCAAAAUGGACAGGUAAGCUAUUCCAUUGUUGAGAGUAAAAGUAACUCCUUGCCAAUCUCGACAAUGGUAAAUGUAAACUCUAAGACUGGAGAUAUAAUCAGUCUGCAGUCUUUUAACUAUGAGGAGUUAAAAACUUUCCAGUUUGAAGUUCAGGCCACAGACUCUGGUGUUCCU